AUGGGCAGCGCCGUCACACGGUACAGGGAUCACUGGCCGUCAACGCGGUCGAAACUGACGUGCACUAAAGUGCGCCCAGCCAACAUAGCAGGCAGGCCGCGAUGUCAAUCGAAGCCCCCAGCUAACAAGUUGGAUAGGUCAAGCGACCCCGCCACGCCCGGCGUCACUGCCGCAACGCGUGGCAGCGGGGGGUGUGUGUCGGCCUCGUUAUUCCCAGAUAGUGGUAGAAGGCGAAGUAUAGAUGAGAAGAAGGUAGGGGCGCCGCAGCCACCGCCGGUGCCAGUCUCUAGUUGUCUGAUGCCGUCCAAGUAUCUACCAAACCCGAGAAAGUUGCCGGCGCAGGGAUCCUUGCCACCCGCAAAUGGGCAGGAAGAGGCCACGAAGAGUGGCCAAGUAUCUCCUUCCAUGCAAACCGCGCUUGGUGGAACAUCCAGGUCCCCAAGAAGCUCCACUAACACUGGGAAGCGCAGUACCGUUCGUCCCACGUGUGAAACACAGGAGGAUGGCAACAGUGGGGGAAACAGUCCGGUGCCGAGAAGGCUGUCUGAAAGGUCCCAAGGGCUCGAGGGGCCUCUUGGAAGUACGGAGGGCGGCUUGGGCCCCAGCGCACCGCCUCAAUCCAAGAAGAAGACACCUCAAAUGCCUUCCGUCAACUUGUUAGGUGCAAAUCUGUCAGAGGAUCGGAUGCCAAAAGACUUUAUGGAGUAUAUUGCCCAGCACGCCAUGCAUUUGAGGACGGGUCAUGUAGUUUGGUUUAAUGGAGACACUGACCGAAGGUUGAUUCAACGGCGUGAGCAUCGUGGCGUGGUAUGGAGUCCAUUUGAGGAAAUUGCUGUUUCCGAAGUGCCCGAGACGCCGCCCAAUGAGGCGGCUGAGAGAAGUCCGGUGGCCCCAGAGGCAGGGAAUAAACGAGUCUCGCUACCAACAGAAUGCAAACAAAAGUACCAAUACAAACCGUAUCCACAGCCACAGCCACAGCCACAGCCACAGCAGCAACAGAAACCCACUGAAACUGCCCCACGGCCCCGCACUAGACCUAUUCUUUCCGAAGAUGUUCCUCACCGCAUGCAGUUAGCAAAGAAGGCCCUUGAAGAUAAUGUCAUCUUCAUUUACUCACGUACACCGAGACUAUACUAA